UCAUUUCAAAAAUACAGAUUUUUAAGAUUUUGAACAUUAAAGUUAAAAUACUUUUCAGUAUUUUUAUUUUAUUUCACUAGUUUUUCAUUGAAUUAUACUUCAAAUUAAAACUUAAAUAUUUAGUAAUUGUAAUUUCUGAAAUCUUCAUUGGAAACAGCUCCUAAUCAAGUUAUCGUUUUCAUAUAGUUUCAUUUGGUUACCUUGAAGUAUGGAUAAUCUUCAUUUAAUAUUUUUAUAAGUAUUGGAAUAAAGUGUUAAUAAAAAUUGAUAGUAGAAAUAUCAACUAAUCUUACUUCGAGACUUGAACAAGCUUUUAAUUGUUACUGGAAUCAUCAUGAUAUUAUUUAAACGAGUAUUAUCUUCUAAAAUCAUUAAACAAAAACAAUUUUUCAGAUGCUUUUGUUCCUCUGAUAAUACUUUAGAAACAAUUAAAUCUAAUUCGAUUCAAUUGCCUAAGGAGUAUAAUGCUAUUCCAUUGGAACCCAACGUUACUAAUUUUUCAACUAUUAGUCCAGCAUUACUUCCUACAUUUAAUUUGGCUGCAUAUGUUAAUGAGUCCCAUUCACUACAACAGUUAGUCAAACUAGGUGUUGAAAUUUAUAAAUUUGACAAUAAUCCUAAUUUAAUGGAAAUGAUAUUGAAAUUAGAUUUUGAACGUGAUAUGAAACCAUAUAUAAGAUUUAUUCAUGAUUGUGGAGUACCAGUUGAAGAAUUAGGAAAAUUUUUCACAAAAAAUCCCAUGAUAUUUUCUGAACAUAUGGAUGAUUUAAUAACCCGAAUUAAUUAUUUAGAACAUAAAAAAUUCAAUAAAGAAAUGAUAACUACUAUAAUUCGAAAACACCCAAUUUGGUUAUCUCAAAGUACAGUUGAUAUUGAUACCAGUCUUGGAUUUUUUCAAACAAACUUCUAUCUUACUGGUGAUAACAUCCGUAAUAUAGUUACUAAAUUACCAAAAUUAAUUACUUGGCCAAAAAAAUCGGUAAAUUUAAUAAUGUUUUCAAUGAUUGAAGAAAUGGGUUUUAAUAGAAGUGAAAGGAAAAGGCUAUUACAAAUUCAUCCUAGAUUAUUUACAAUGUCUAAAAACCAUUUAUUACAACGAUUCAACUACAUUCAUCAUACUAUGGAUAUAAAUCACGACCGCAUUGUCCUUGAACCUCAAGUGAUGAGCAGUCGUUUAUUUAGAAUCAAACAGAGACAUGAGUAUUUAAAAUAUUUAAAUCGAGCACAAUAUGAUCCAACAAAGCCCAAUUAUGUAUCACUUUUAAAAUUAGUUUCAGGAGAUGAUUCAGAGUUUUGUAUAAAUAUUGCUAAAACUAGUGUUGAAAUGUUUAAUAGCUAUUUAAAGACUGUCCAAUAAUGUUAUAAUUUAGUUAAUAAUUAAUAAAAAGUGUUUAUUUCAUAAAAAAA